GUAUGGCACGUACGUGUGGCCGUGUGCCGUGGUCCUGGCCCAAUACCUGUGGGCGCACCGGCGGAGCCUGCCCGGCAAGCGAGUGCUGGAGGUACCGCCCGCUCCCCGCUGUCGUGACCCGCGGGGCAGGCUCCGCCCGCGGGCUCCACGAACACGCUGUGCUUUCAGAUCGGUGCCGGUGUGAGUCUCCCCGGCGUGGUCGCCGCCAGGUGCGGCGCCCAGGUGAUCCUGUCGGACAGCGAGGAGCUGCCCCAGUGCCUGCAGAGCUGCCGCAGCAGCUGCCUCAUGAACCGCCUGCCCCACGUGCCCGUCCUCGGCCUCACCUGGGGCCGCGUGUCACCUGAGCUGCUCUCUCUUGCACCCAUAGACAUUAUUUUAGGCUCAGAUGUCUUUUUUGAUCCCAAAGACUUUGAAGAUAUUUUAACUACAAUUUACUUCUUGUUGGAGAAGAACCCACAGGCUCAAUUCUGGACAACUUACCAAGUCCGAAGUGCUGACUGGUCUAUCGAGGCUCUGCUCUACAAAUGGAACCUGAAGAGCAUCCACAUUCCCUUGCACUCCUUUGGUGCAGACAAAGAGCAUUUGGCCAGCUCCUCUAUGCCAGGAAGACACACAAUCGAAAUGAUGAUCAUCUCACUAGCACAGUCAGAGGGCACUUCAGUUUAUUCCACUUUAGAUUUCAGUACAAGGUGAUACUCAGCUGUUCACUGCAGCACAGAGCUGCAGAGAACAGUCCUGGUUACAGCAAACCUCAUGGAUAUUUUGGGGAAGCAGCAAUUCUUAAAACAUGCAGUGUAAAAAUAAAGCUGUUUGGUUUUUCAGCUAUGGCUUUUGAGAAAUUUGUGUUCCUCCCCCCAAGUCUGUGAAAUAGUUCAGAGCCUCAAUUCCAUCAUGUGAGCCACAACACAACAGUUUAACCUGGAAAUCUACAUGAUCCAACCUAAAUCCACAACUUCAGCUAUGAAAAGGUAACUGCACUCUUAAAAAACCAUCCCCAUAAGAUCCCUUUCCCAGGACUGAGAAUCCUUCCCAAAGAUCCACAUACAAAAGCCAGCCC